UGUUGACAUUCUACAAAUCAUUUUGAUCUUCGUCCUCUUUGCAGCAGAAGUUUCAGAUGGUGCCACUACAACUGAGGCAUAUCCUUGUUCUUCCAUAUCAUUUCUUGAUCAUGGAUUGCAAUCUAGAGGCAAAGGGAUUUACAGGUCCUUCUCAGAAACUGACAUUAGUAGCUGUAGAAACGUGUGUGACAACGAACAACUCUGUCGAGAAUUUACGCUGGAGAAUGGCAAUUGUAGACUGAGUGCCAGCGAUUUAACUUUUCAAGUUUUAACCUUUGAACAAUGCCAAAUCAGUUGCAUGAAUGAUGGUAAUUGCUCUGGGUAUACAUAUAAUUCUGACAACCAGAGAUGCCGACUGAGUAACGAUCCAGACUUCAUUACCGACUCGUCCUGUUUGUCCUGCCAAUUCUAUGAGAAGAAAUGUCAGUCAAAUGUGGUAACCACUACUCCAAUGCCCAAAAGCUGCAAUAAUUUGACUUUUCUCAACCAUGGUGAAAAUACCAAAACCAAGUCCUUUUACAGCAUUCUUCAUGGACAAAACGCAACCACCUGCCAAACAAGUUGUGAUUUUGAUAACAUUUGCAGAGCGUUUAGGAUAAUGGACGAAACGUGCAAACUAAGUGCCAGUGAUCUAAUCUCCAAGGUUGUUACUCUUGAACAAUGUCAAGAGGAAUGCGAGAAUGACGAGACAUGUUAUGGCUUUGCAUACGAUGACAACACCCAAAGAUGUACACUGAGUAACACUAAGGUCCAUCGUGAGGUUUCUACUUGUGUCCCCUGUCGCUUCUACGAAAAACAAUGUCAAUCAGAAUUUUCUGAAUUACUCUGUGAUGACGCAACGUUAUUUUUUCAUCAUCAAACGUACUUCAGGAAUGAACUUAUUCUUCAUGAAACCACGGCGCCAUCGUUUUUUCACUGCAAGAACAUGUGUUUGAAUGAGUUCCAAUGUAGAGAUUUUAGAUAUAAUUCUUCAUCAGAAUUAUGUAGGAUGAACGCAGCCGACUUUCGAUUUUCGUUGGUUGAUUCUCUCACAGAGUGUGAAAUUCUAUGUGCAGUGGACGCUACUUGUUUGGGCUACGUUUUCAAAGCUGAUGAAAAGAAGUGUAAGCUUAGCAACUCAAACGUUGGCAAAUCCACUCCAUGGUGUGAAUAUUGUAUAUUCUCUACAAAACAGUGUUCAAAUGAGAAAACGCUGGACCAGGCCUCAACCCAACGGAAUAACAGCAUUGAUUAUUCGUUUUGUUAUACAUAUCAAUCUUUGCAAACAACUGAAAAUUCGUACAACCUGAAUACAUCAGUUUCUAGUUGGACAGAGUGUGAAAAUAUGUGUUCAAAUAACUUAUCCUGUAAAAGCUAUAGUUUCGACUGGGAUGGCAGAAACACAUGUCUUUUAAGUUCAUCGACACAGUCAGUGCCUGGUUCCUCUACAUCUUUUUUCGUCUUAAAACACCCAUGUGAGAUAACUUCAGCAGCCGCAACGGAAUCGAUUCCAACGACGACACCUUAUCGAACUGUUUCUGAUUCAUCAUUGAGUUCUUAUUCAUCUCACCAAACAGUACAAUCAGAUUUGACUGAGUUGCCACCACAAUCCUCUUCAGCAUCGAUAGCAAUAGACCAAUCGACAUCAUCUAUUCAACAUAAUUUACCAUCAUCAGGGACAAUGGGAUUCUCUGCUUCGUUGUUUUUAUCUUCCCUACAAACAUCAACUUCAACACCGACGUCGGAAUCUUCCAGUCUUCUCCGAUCAACAUCAGCAACGAUUAAUCAAUCCCCACAAACGCUGCCUUCUUCUUCUUCUUCUUCUUCUUCUUCUUCUUCUUCUUCUUCUUCUACUUCUUCUUCUUCUUCUCUAAUAGAAACAACGUCACUAUCAGCUACGUCUGCGAAAACCAAUACAUUGCCAUCAACACUGUCACCAACUUUAUCUGUAAUGGACCAAUCAACCUCAACGUCCACACCGAUAUUGGAUUCAUCCCAUCAUCCACAAUCAUCAUCAGCAGCAACGAAUCCAUCGUUGCAGUCUUUUUCUACGAAAAUGACAUCAACAUCAGCAAUAGACACAAACGACUCCUUUUUUACAGGGUCGUUACCGCACACACAACCUUCUUCAUGGGGAAAUUCACAUUCAUCAUCAUCAUCUUAUAUUUCAGCAACUGCAGAAGACUUGUCACAUUCAGCAACAUCAACAGAAACAAAACUAUCUAAACCAACAUUAAUAUCAACAGCAACAAUUCCAUCGAUAUCUGAAAAAUCAACACUUACACCAUCUACAACUGCAAUGAUUCCAUAUUCAAAUACUUUUUCAAUUGGAUCAUUAAAUUCAGACACAACGGCAUCAUUUUUUUUAACAAUAUCUCACCAGCGUUCGACAGAAUCAUCAACAGCAACUUUCCGUUCCUCACCAUCGUUUUCACAAUCAAAUUCUUUAAAUCAUGAAAGCGAGAUGGAAGUAACUACGUAUAAAGGUACAUCCAUUUUAUCAACUUCUCUUGUUGAAGAGUCUACAUCUCCAUCACAAACAUCUUUAUCAUCUUUCUCAGAAAUCCCGCCUCUAUCAUCAAUAUCAACAGAAUUGUCACUUUUUAUUGAACCCACAACGUCAUCCACAUCGACAGCUUUAUCCCUAGCAUCGGUUGUACCACAAGUAUCAACAAUGACUGCAUCAGUAUCAAAACUUUCAGAAGUAUCAACACAAGAAGACAUAAAUACAUCUCCAUCAUCAAAUUCACAAUCGUUUUCAGUAGCGACCAGUUCAUCCUAUUCAAUUCCUACUUCACAAGAAAUAGGUACCUCCUCCUCCUCCUCCUCCUCCUCCUCCUACUACUCGCCCUCAUCCACAACAACAGCAGCUGAAGCAUCAAUGGCAACAGCAACGAAUCCAUACCAAUCAACAUCAGAAACUACAUUAGUAAUUUCAGCAACGUUAGACGUAACAACACAAGAAGACAAAAGCUCCCACUUCUCCUCCUCUUCAUCCUUCUCGUCCUCUUUUGCGACAUCGAAUUCAUAUCAGUCAACAUUUCCUGUUUCAUCACCAUUGCAUUCGACAAACAUUCAUUCAUCUUAUUCAUCAGCAUCUCUACCAUUACAAAAUCCUACGGAUUCAAGCAUAAGUAACGCCACAGAAACUGUUCAAAUCACAAACGGAACCGUGCAAUGUGUUUGCAUUUGCCGUGAAAACAAUUUCACAGUACAAGAAACAAUUAUGAUGAGGAAAAAAGCUUUAUUUAUAGCUAAAGAAGACCUUACGUCUAGUUUACGGAAACAAACAAGUGCCCCGGAUAAUAGGCCGUCUUCAACAGCAAUUGGUUCUAUUGGAGCAGCAAUGAUAAGCUGCAUUGUAGUGAUAGUCAUACUCCCUGAUAUGAUAUCUGGUGUAUAUCAAUUCCAAAAAAUAAUGAAGAAAUGUAUCGCUAUAAAUGGCAGAAAAUCAUCACGCAAUGGAUUGACAAAGGUCGUGUAAGAGCCAAGUCAUUUUUUUAGUAAAAUACAAUGCACCUUAUAGAUGCCCUCUUUUGUUGAAAGUUUUGCAUAUUUUUGUUUCAGUUGUUAAAAUUGAUGCUUUCCAAAUGUAUAUUCGAACUGUUGAAUUUACGAGCAAAAAAAUCAUUUUUUUACCUCAGAGAGCAUGUAGCACUUUUGAUAUUUAAUGCACAAAAAAUGUUAGAUUUUUUUUUAAAUUAGAUAUAAUUUAUAAUGAUAUGUUUUUGCAAAUAGGGUUGUUACAUAAACCAAUAUGAAAAAAAAAUUAUGUUAAUUUCUGUAAAAAGUUUUAACGGGUCAAAAAGUCAUAUUUUUA